UUUGAUUUUUUUUUUAUAUUUUAUCCUAAUUAAAUUUUUAAUUUUAGUUUUAAUCAAAUUCUCAACUUACAACUCAACUCGCAAGUAGGAAAAUAGUUGAAGUUACCAUUCUUGACUUUUGACAACUCUUUUCGUUUUGGUAGGUUAAACCCUAAAUUCUAGGGUUAUACAAUUGGGGAUUUUCGCUUGCAUAUACAUCCCACAAAUCUCUCUCUCUCUCUUCAAGAGCUUCAUUGCAGACAACGAUGGAGUCACAAGAAUCAAAACCCAGUAAAAUUCUUGACGAAAUUGAAUCACUAAAAGCUGAAAAGAAAGAAAUCGAAGCUCGAAUUUCAUUUCUUGAAUAUCAACUUCGAGAAUCUUCCAUUGCUGAUCAAACCCCUUGUAACGGCAUUUGUCCUUCAAUAUCUACCGUUACUUCCAAUCUCAGCAAACAUGGAUUACCAUCCGAUGCUAUUUACCGUUAUAGUCGUCAUCUUUUGCUCCCCUGUUUUGGUGUUCAAGGGCAGUCAAAUUUGUUAAAAUCAUCAAUGCUGGUUGUGGGAGCUGGAGGUUUGGGAUCUCCGGCUCUUUUGUAUCUUGCAGCAUGUGGAGUUGGUCGAAUAGGUAUAAUUGAUCACGAUGUAGUUGAGCUUAACAAUAUGCAUAGGCAGGUAAUACACACGGAAGCCUACAUUGGAAAGUCCAAAGUAGAAUCUGCUGCUGCUGCCUGUCACUCAAUCAAUUCAACAAUUGAGAUAGUUGAAUAUAGGGAAGCAUUACGAACGUCUAAUGCUUUGGAGAUCUUUAGCAAAUAUGAUAUAAUAAUUGAUGCAACAGACAACGUCCCAAGUCGGUACAUGAUCAAUGAUUGUUGUGCUGUAUUGAAAAAGCCACUUGUAUCAGGUGCUGCUCUAGGACUGGAAGGACAGCUAACCGUAUACAACUACAAAGGUGGCCCAUGCUAUCGAUGCCUAUUUCCAGCUCCCCCACCAAUGACAGCAUGUCAAAGAUGUUCAGACAGUGGUGUUCUUGGAGUAGUUCCCGGAGUUAUUGGGACUUUACAGGCUUUAGAAGCUAUAAAGAUUGCUAGUAAUUUUGGUGAACCACUUUCUGGAAGGAUGCUUAUAUUUGAUGCUUUGUCCGGAAGAGUUCGUGUGGUUAAAAUACGAGGACAAUCACCGCAAUGUGAAGCUUGUGGAGAAAAAUCCGCAUUCACUCCCGAAAAAUUUAGAGAAUUUGACUAUGAGUUGUUCACACAGUCUUCCCUUUCAACGGCCCCACUCAAGUUGAACCUUAUCCCUGCGGAUUCAAGGAUAAGCUGUAAAGAGUACAGUGAAAAGGUUGCCAAUGAAGAAGCACAUAUAUUGAUCGAUGUGCGGCCUGCUCAUCAUUUUGACAUAAUUUCACUUCCGGAUUCACUGAAUAUCCCUCUCUCGAGUUUGGAGUCCCGGUUGCCAGAAAUCUCUGCAGCUUUGAAAGAAGAAGAAACACGUAAGGGCGUUUCAGACGCUUCUCUAUAUACAGUUUGCAGAAGAGGCAAUGAUUCACAGAGAGCUGUCCACUUAUUACACAAGCUUGGAUUUACCUCAGCAAAGGACAUUGUCGGGGGCUUGACUUCUUGGGCGAAAGAAGUCGAUCCUAACUUUCCCGCAUACUAAUGGUGUUCACUCAUCAAAAAUCAACUUUUGUUUUACAAAUCUAGACGGCUUUUUUCCCUUUUUUGAGCUUGGUUGAAUCCUUGAAAAGUUUGCUACUGUAUGAUUGUAUGAAGAUGAUUACUAUUUAUAGCAAAGGAUUUUUUAUCAUCUGAUUAAACAGUGUAUGUAGUAGUAUAUGGACUUGUCAUAUGAAGUGUAUAUAUAGUAGUAUAUAUCACUUGUCA